ACUUCCUGCUUUGUUCUUGAUUUCAUAUUUUUGUGGUGGUUUGAUAGAUCAGAGUUUUUUAUGGCUCACCUGCGCUCCUGCUUUUCAACACACUUACUUUUCUUACCUGGGACUUGACUCUGGCUGAGGCAGCCAGCUCACCGGCAUCUGAUCCUGGGACAGGACGUCCUGACAGGGACGGCGUUUAUAUGAUGCAUUACAGGUGACACUGGGCUUAAGCUGCUUUAUCGGAUGCCGAUUGAUUGAUCGAUGGGCCUGGCUCGGUGUUGAGGUGGAUUAAAUUUAGUUGAUCGUCUGAGCCGGGACAGUUAUGGCUGGGAGAGGGACGGUGGAUCUGGCCCCUUCAGCUGCUGUCAAGGUCUUCUCAGCAGGAACAGCUGGCUGCGUGGCCGACCUGGUAACUUUCCCCCUGGACACAGCCAAAGUCAGACUGCAGAUCCAAGGCGAAUCCAAGCCCUCAGUGGGAGUCCAGAGGGCGAGAUACAGGGGGGUGUUCGGCACCAUCUACACCAUGGUGAAGACCGAGGGCGCGAGGAGUCUGUACAGUGGACUGGUGGCCGGGCUGCAGAGGCAGAUGAGCUUCGCCUCGGUGCGGAUCGGCCUCUACGACACCAUCAAGCAGGUCUACAGCCGAGGAUCAGAGAACGUAGGAAUCGGGACUCGGCUGCUGGCGGGCUGCACCACGGGCGCCAUGGCGGUAAUGCUGGCUCAGCCCACUGAUGUGGUCAAAGUCAGGUUCCAGGCUCAGGGGCGCCUGCCGGAGGGCAGCUCAGCGAAGAGAUACAGCAGCACCAUCGACGCCUACAAGACCAUCGCCAGGGUGGAAGGGGUCAGAGGGCUCUGGAAAGGUGUUUUCCCAAAUAUAACUCGUAAUGCCAUUGUGAACUGCUCCGAGCUGGUGACCUAUGACAUCAUCAAAGAGCUCAUCCUGCAGCACAAACUGAUGACAGACAACAUGCCGUGUCACUUCACCGCAGGCUUCGCCGCAGGUUUCUGCACCACCAUCGUGGCGUCCCCAGUGGACGUGGUCAAAACACGCUUCAUGAACUCAGUCCCCGGGCAGUACAGCGGGGCCAUGAACUGUGCCCUCACCAUGCUCGUUAAAGAGGGGCCCACAGCUUUCUAUAAGGGAUUUGUGCCUUCGUUUCUUCGCCUGGGUUCCUGGAACAUUGUGAUGUUUGUGAGCUACGAGCAGAUCAAGAGAGCGGUGGUGAGGUUUCAGCAGAGCUGCUAG